AUGCCACGGACAAUAGGAUUUAUAGGAAGUCUGGCACUUUUGGUGUCUGGUCUCACUGGUCCUUCACUAGCCGUCAUACCACUGCUUUUCCAGCAAGCAGGAUGGCUAACACCACUGAUUGCCUUCGCCCUUAUUGCCUUCCUAACUGGCUCCGCGACAUUAUUCGUCAUCGAAGUCAUGGCCUCUAUUCAAGGAAACGAAGAAUUUCAAGCCUCGAUUGAAUUUACGACCAUCGCGCAUCUGUAUCUCGGGAAGCGUUGGCAUUGGGCCGUGCAGAUUGUCCUUUAUGUUGCCUUGCAGAGUCUCAUCAUUACUAGUCUUAUUGAAUCCUUCCAGAGUAUGGAUUCCCUUCUAAUUUCUGUGGCGCACAAGACCUGUGCCAUCAGUUUUCAGAACGGCUGGAUAUGUGAAAAGACCAUGUUGACAGACGGGAACGGGGUAUUCUCUGAUUACAUUCUGUUCAGCUUUGGAACAUUGAUAACUUUUGCCAUGAUUGUUCCCUUGAGUCUUAUCCAUCUCACGGAUAACAUUAUAUUUCAGAUUGCUUCCUUCAUUCUCUUAAUAAUCAUUGCUGUGAUCUGGAUUGCCACUUACAUUCAAGUCGGUUUGGACAAGGUUUUCAUUCCCGUUGUUGCUAGCAAUCAAUCCAACGUCGUUGGAUUUAUAUUGUCUAACUUUGCCUUUGUUACGACCGCCCCGGCGUGGAUCAACAACGCACACCCUUCAGUCAACAUUCGCCUCGUCGUUUGGCUCUCCUUGGUCAUCGCCUGUCUGAUUUACAUCCCUAUUGGUUGGAUGGGAGCAUCUGCAUUCGCAAUAGGCGGCAAUGCUACUAUCUUGAGUAUUCUUUCAAGCAGCCGUCCUAACAUUGUCGCUUUAAUUUCGACAUACGUAUUCCCCGUUGCGGUGCUUAUCACUUCAGUCCCCGUUUUUGUUAUUGUGGUGCGGUAUAAUCUUCUCCGGGGAAAUAUUUGCUCGAAUCGCAUGGCCAUCUUCUUAUCCGCCGUGGUUCCUUGGUUAAUUGCUAUACCAUUCCAAACGAGAGGAUGGAUAGCUAUCAUCCUCAACUGGACCUCUCUAGUCUUCGCAAGUCCUGCCAACUUGCUCUUUCCGUUCUUCUUCUACAUUGCAUCGAAACGGUACAAAGCAUUAGCUUUACUUGACACCAAUGUCCAGCCAUCGGCAGACAAUCGCAACAGCAUAGAGGCAGGCCUUCAGCGCGGAUUAGAACUAGUUAGGACUAGAUCGACGCGGAUUAGAUCGACACGGCUGCCACCGCCGCCGCUGCCUGUCCUGAUUAUUCCCAAUGAAAAAUCCAGGCUCGAGGCUGACGAUUUUGUUCGCCUUGUGCGAUCCCCCUCGAGAUAUCGUUAUUACGCAGACAACUCAGCUAAUGAGGCAUCCGGUUCACAACAACCCGAAUCUGAAAAAAAUGAAGCUGAACCAAGCAAAAGCGAAUUGCUUGCCCUUCCUGGCAGCCCAACCUCUGUACGGCCAAUGACAGCGGGCACGGAUGAUUUCAUACUGCAUCCAAUAGCGGAUAUGCCCCCUGUUACUCGACAACCUACCUUGUCAACUACCACGAAGAAAUCGGAAGAACCACCUGUGACAUAUGUCGACCCCGUUCCACCACAACCUACAUUCGAGGCAUUUCCAUUUCUGCGUCCAUCAUCGUGGUGGUCUUGGUGUCCUCCAACCCGAGUCGCCGGAGCGGAAGGUGUUAUCACUUUUGUGUUGGUCCUUGCUGCGUUUAUCGACAGCAUUGUGGAGUCUGUCAAAGGGAACGGGUCGGGUCUAGGGUGA